AAAGCAGAAGAAAAAUUCGGGGAUUGUGUGACAGUCCAAUCGAAGGCGGUAUUUAUUUGUUGACCGUAGAGCUCAGCCACGCUCGCCAAAUCGCUCCUUCUUCCUCUCCUACUUCUUUCCCGCGUCUGCAACUCAAACCUAAAUUCCCUCUCCUCUGUAUUGCUACCACCUCACAGGUUUGCUUCUUUAGAUCCCCCUUUUUCCCCUCUCGAUUUCGGGUUUCUUGCAAUUUCUUCCUCCCCAGGAAUAUGAUUAAGCUAUUUAAAGUCAAGGAGAAGCAGAGAGAACUUGCUGAAAAUGCAAUUAAUGGGAUACCUACAAAGAAGCAAAGUGCUGGGGAAUUACGUCUUCACAAAGAUAUUAGUGAGCUGAAUCUACCGAAAUCAUGUAACAUAACCUUUCCCAAUGGCAAGGAUGACCUCAUGAACUUUGAGGUGUCAAUACGACCUGAUGAGGGCUAUUAUUUAGGAGGCACAUUUUUUUUCUCCUUUACAGUUUCCCCCAUCUAUCCGCAUGAAGCACCUAAAGUCAAAUGCAAGACAAAGGUUUACCAUCCAAACAUUGACUUGGAAGGAAAUGUGUGCCUCAACAUAUUGCGGGAGGAUUGGAAGCCUGUUCUCAAUAUUAACACUGUUAUUUAUGGACUCUACCAUCUGUUCACGGAACCAAAUGAUGAGGACCCACUGAAUCACGAUGCUGCUGCAGUUUUAAGGGACAAUCCCAAGUUGUUUGAAUCCAAUGUGAGAAGGGCUAUGGCUGGGGGUUACGUGGGGCAGACCUUUUUCUCACGUUGUAUGUAACACACACUCUUCAUCCUUCCCGUUCAUCUUUUCCUGCGCUGUAUGUAGCUAGCUUUCGUCUCUUGGUACAUCAAGUGCUUGUUUAGAGAUAUCACCUACCCAAUGGACUUAGUGAUGUUAAUGUGUAACAUUUCUUAUUGUUAGUGUUAACAUGGUUAUAUUUUCCGCAAUA